AUGCUGUACACGCUGAAGCCGAGGAAGAGGUUCGUUCUUUGCGUCUGUGCGGUGGCCGCGUUCACUUCGUCGUUGGCUCUGGUCCUUCGCCACCUCGCCCGGCGGCACUUCUUCGUCCCCGGACCCCAGCAGCGCCAACGGACGGCGGGGGCGCGGACGCCGCAGCGGCACGUCCUCCUCUGGACGCAGGUGCGCUCCGGCUCCACCUUCACCGGCAGCAUCCUGACGACGGGGCUCUCCACCUUCUACUCGGAGGAACCGAUACGAGCUCACAAUGCUACUCUGCCGAAGGGCGUCAACGCCUCCGCGCUUUUGCUCAAGGACAUCCUACACUGCCGCUUCGCCCACCGACCGGAGUACUUCAAGGAGCACAUCAGGAUGCAUCCGCAAGACCUGAGGAUUAGAUCUCUCUGUGAACUGGAUAAAAAGUUCUGCUUUUCGCCCGCCACCUUCGAGACCUUCUGUCGCGCCUCGCGGGUCGGGGUGGUGCGUGUGGUGAGCGCGGUUCUGCGCGUGGCCGUGCCGCUGCUGGAGGACGACUCCCUCGACGUGCGGGUGAUCCACCUGGUGCGCGACCCCCGAGCUGCCAUUGCCUCCAGAAGAGGCUUCCCGCCGGGCUACUUCUACGAGGAGGAGACGAACGCAUCGCCGGCGUGUGAAAGGUACAGGCAGGACUUGGACGCCGUUCCCACGCUUCUGCGACGGUUCCCGGACAGAUACCUGCUGGUGCGGUACGAGGACCUCGCUCUCCAGCCGGAGGAGGAGGUGCGACGGCUUUUCGAGUUCGCGGGCCUCCCCUUCACCGCCUCCGUCGCCAAAGUCCUGUUCAGGCUCACCUCCGGCUUGGACGAAGCCUGGGAGCUCCAGCAGCCGUUCACCAUCAGCAGAAACUCGUCGGAGAUGCCGGACCGCUGGCAGAAGCAGCUGGGCUACCGGGACAUGCUGGCGAUACAGAAGGAGUGCGAGGACGUCCUCUGGGCCUACGGGUACAGGGUGUUUGCUAGUGAAGAAGAAUACAAGAGGUUGGGGACGCUCGCUCGGAGGAAGGAUACAACAGUAGGCAAGUUGCAAGAGACACGUGCAAGUGUGACAGUAUGCAAGAUCAGUGGGAAUGCUGUCGGACAGUUCGUGCUAUACCAUACGUUUCUUUUCCCAGCAGUAAAUUAUAUUAAAUGGCAUCAAGGUCGUAAUUUUGGCAAGGUAGGUCUACUCGAAGGUGAGGAUGACAGGGGGACCAUAUGCGAGUCUUCAAAAAACGACUAUUUUUUAUCUUUAGUCAACAUAAGGUAA